AUGAGCAUCUUUGAUGCUAUUCCAGAAGUAGUCACUUUAGAGGAUAAUAUAAUGCUGGAAGGAGUUCCCUCAGCUCAAGAAGUACAAAAUGUUGUCUUUUCUCUAAAUGCUGACAGUGCUCCUGGCCCUGGUGGUUUUUCGGGAUUUUUCUAUAGAUUUGCUUGGGAGAUAAUUGGUGAAGAACUAAUCAAAGCCAUUCAAUAUAGCUGGAGAAAAGGUUUAAUACCAAGAGGACUAAACUCUAAUUUUUUAUUUCUGCUGCCAAGGGUUAAAUGUGCAAGACCCAAUCAGUUCAGACCCAUUGGACUUAGCAAUUUCUGCUUUAAAAUCUUUACCAAAAUCAUGACAACAAGAAUGCAUGGAAUGUUGGAAAAAAUUGUUUCAGUCCAACAAGGAGCAUUUAUUAAAGGUAGAUGUAUACAAGAACAAAUUGUGUUGGCUUCAGAAAUGAUAAAUGAGCUGGAUACAAAAAGGAGAGGUGGUAAUAUAGGCUUAAAGCUGGAUAUCACUCAAGCCUAUGAUUCUCUGAGCUGGGAGUUUCUUUUUGAGGUAAUGAAAAAAUUUGGUUUUUCUAAGAAAUGUGUAAAUUGGAUUCAUCAAUUGUUCAAAUCAUCUAAAAUUGCAGUGCUAGUAAAUGGUGGUCCUGUGGGUUUUUUUGAAGUUAGUAGGGGUUUGAGACAAGGUGACCCAUUGUCUCCUAUUUUGUUUCUCAUGGUUGAAGAUGUUUUGAGUAGAAGGAUUACUCAAAUGGUUGAAGAAAGAAAGAUCAUUCCUAUGGUCAAUUACAGAGGUGUGCAGCCAACUCAUAUAUUUUUUAUUGAUGAUGUUUUUUUGUUCUUUAAUGGACAUAAGAGAAAUAUUCAAACUGUUAUGAAGCUUUUACAAGAUUAUCAAUUAUCUUCUGGGCAAGUGAUUAAUCAGCAAAAAAGUAAACUUUUUAUUGGAGGAGUAACUGAUCAAAGAAAAAAACUACUAGCUAAUGAGCUUCAAAUGAAUGUCUCUAUAUUGCCAGACAAAUAUUUAGGAGUUGUUUUAAAACUAGGAAGGGUGAAAUCAAGUACAGUAUGGGGAGUGGUUGAAAUGUUACAAAACAUAUUCGCAAGUUGGGUUGGGAAAAUGCUAUCUUUUAUGGACAGACUAACUCUGGUGAAGUCUAUUUUGAGUAGCAUUCUUAUAUAUAACAUGUCAGUUUAUAAAUGGCCUUCAAGUGUGGUGAAGAUCUGUGAGAGAUUAAUAAGAAACCUUUUAUGGACUGUGGAUCCUUAUGAGAGAAAAUGUGUUACAUUGAAAUGGGAGAAAACAUGUUCCCCAAUGGAGGAAGGAGGGAUUGGAUUAAGAAGACUUGAAGUUGUUAACAAAUCAUUGUUAAUGAAAAUGUUAUGGAAAAUUCAAACCUCUGAUGCAGAAUGGGAAAGAUUUAUGAGAGCAAAAUUCACUAAUCUGAAGGGAGAAUGGAUUACGGGUUAUAAAAAGUCAACAGUUUGGCCAGGUCUGAAAUGGGUUAUUGAUGAUGUUCAGAAGCAUACAAGAUGGGUUACAGGCAAUGGUCCACAAAUUUCAGUGUGGAAUGAUACUUGGAUCAAAGAAAAGCCUUUAAAAGAUCUAAUUGCUGAAGAUGAGUAUAUGCAACAAAAUGAAAAUAUGAAAGUAGCUGACUUGAUUGUGAAUGGUGAAUGGUUAAUACCUCAGAGAUUAUUAAAUUAUAUACAAAUGGAGGAUUUUCCAGUUCUAUCAGGUCAAGAAGACAGAAGAGUCUGGGAUGGCACUAUGUCAGGUAACUUUACUAUAGCUUCUACUGCUGAGUUGAUUAGAGAAAAAUUCAAUAAGGUUAAUUGGGUUAAAUAUGUAUGGAAUCCAGUGCUUCAUACUACUACUUCCAGUAAUAUAUGGAAUAUAGUUCAAGGAAUCUGUGCCACUGAUGAGAAGAUGCAUGGAAAAGGUUUUAAUUUAGCUUCAAAAUGCUAUAUCUGUGGAGAAGAUACUGACAGUAUAGAACACAUUUUAUGGAAGUGUAAUUCUAGUCAGUUGAUAUGGAAAUGGUUGGGGGGGAUUUUUCUAUUCUGCAAUCCUAAAUCUUAUGAAGAUGUAAUGAACUUUGCAAGGCAUAAAAGUGCUGCAGUAAGGGAAGUAUGGAUUUUAGUUGCUUCCAUAACAAUGAUGGAAAUAUGGUUCUUGAGGAACAACAAAUGUUUUGAGGAUGAACAAGUAAAUUUGGGAAAGUUCAAAAUGAGAGUAAAACAAUAUACUAAAGAAUGUGCUUUGAGAAUAAAGAAUUUCAUGUGGGAUUGUAACUAUGACUACAUGAUUUUCAAAAAUUUUGAGUUAAGAAACCAACCAAUAAAAGUUCAGAAGAUUGUUGAAUUGGGAUUCUAUCUUUCUGAAGUAAAUCAAACACUCAUUUGUUGUGAUGGUGCUUCUAGAGUUAAUCCAGGGGCAUCAGGUUUUGGUUUUGUGUGCAGAGGAGCUAGAGGUGAAUUCGUAUAUGCAGAAUCAAGAGGUUUGGGCAUUGCAACCAACUUCAUUGCUGAAAUAAUGGCCAUUAUAGGAGCAGCUGAAUGGGCAGUAGAGAAUAACAGGUUUGAUAUUUGCAUUCAAUCAAAUUCUAGUGCAACAAUAAAAGCUUACACUUCAGGAAAGCUGCCUUGGAUAAUUCAAGCAAGAUGGUGCAGAAUAAAAAAAAUACUAGGAAGGAUUCAAUUUGUACAUAGCAUGAGAGAAAUUAAUUUUACUGCAGAUGAUAUGGCAAAGAAAGGUGCAGGUCUUGGCAGGGGAGUUUGUCAGAACAAAAAAAAAAAAGACGAAAGGAGGGUUGCUAAUGUAAUUGCGACUCCUUACACCGAAACCUCAAAUAAUGUUUUGGUUGGUUUUGCUGAUGCUGGGUACCUCUCAGACCCACACAAAGGUCGAUCACAAACUGGAUACGUGUUCACUGUCGGGAAUACAACGAUAUCCUGGAUAUCGACCAAGCAAACCCUUGUGGCUACCUCCACGAACCACUCUGAGAUCAUUGCCCUACAUGAGGCGGUUCAUGAGUGUAUAUGGUUAAGGUCUAUCAUUACACAUAUUCGAGGGACAUGUGGUUUGAGUUCUACCACCGAAGAGCCAACUUGCAUUUAUGAAGAUAAUGCAUCUUGCACCGAACAUAUGAAGCAAGGGUAUAUUAAAGGUGAUAACGCGAAACAUAUAUCACCGGAGUUCUUUUACAAUCAACAACAACAAUGCCUUCUAAACAUUCAAGUCAGUAAAGUAAAAUCUGAUGAAAAUGUAGCAGACUUAUUUACUAAGUCAUUACCUAAGUCUACAUUUGAAAAACAUGUGAGAAGUAUAGGACUAAAGAGAUUGUCCGAACUUCCAUGA